AUGGGUCGACAACUUACUCUCAGUUGGCUGGCAACAUGUCUGUCUCUGGCGACAGCAACCAACCUCUACGCUACCCACUAUGACGGGUCCGUCUACAGCCUCUCCCUUCAGGACAGCGACGGCACCUACUCCCUGUCCAUCGCCUCCUCGCUCAAGACUUGUGGCUCGAUGCCCAGCUGGCUUACCUUCGACUCGGCCUCGCGCAUUCUUUACUGCUCCGAUGAGUCUGGUGAUGCGUCCACCAAUGGAUCUCUGACCACUCUGGCGGCCGACCAGGACGGCACCCUUACGGAGAUAGCCACUGCUGCGGCACCGGGGGGCGGGGUGAACAGUAUCUUCUAUAACGGUGAUGACGGUGCUCAAUAUCUAGCCAUCGCUCACUAUGGUGGCUCCGCGAUGUCCACAUUCCGUCUCCCUUUGAAUGAUGGGGAUGAGAACCUCCAGGUUUUCCGCUACACCCUCUCAGAAACCAAACAGAACCCGCAGCAGAAUGCGCCUCAUCCUCACCAAGUUCUCUUGGACCCGACUGGAUCCUUUAUACUCGUGCCGGAUUUGGGAGCGGAUCUCGUCCGUGUGUACGCCAUCGACAAGUCUACUGGUGAGUUGGACGGGGCCUGCCCUGAUUUGACUUAUCCAGAGGGCAGUGGACCCCGACAUGGCCUGUUCUGGCAGACAGAGCACUCUACACUCACCCGACAACUAAAGACCCGGCAGCAAGCCAGUCAGAUCUUGUAUAUCGUCGAUGAGCUGGACGGACACUUCAAAGGGUUUACGGUCUCCUACACAUCCGACGGCUGUCUCAGCUUUGACGAGUUUCAGUCGUUCGAGCCAUACACCGACGGCCAGCUACCGGACGGGGCUACGCCAUCGGAAAUCCGCCAAGCGGGCAACUCGUUGUAUGUGUCGAUCCGGAGCGAUCAAGGCUUCGCCCCCAACGACUCAAUGGCGAAGCUGGACCAUUCCUCAAAUAACACGGUCACCUUGAACGAGCUCACCUCAUCCUACGGCAAGGUGCCCCGGACGUUUGUGAUCAACAAGGCGGGAGAUUUGGUUGCGAUUGGCGAUCAAUCGUCGUCGAAUGUUGCGAUUGUAACGCGGGACCCGCAGACUGGAAAGCUGGGGGAUGAGGUGGCGAAUGUGCAGAUCGGCGAACCAGGAGUGGUUGGAACAUCGACGGGGUUGAGCAGUGUGGUAUGGGAUGAGUAG